CCAUAUUCCGUCCCUUUUUCAAUCAGAACCAGAGUCGACGCCGCCUCCUGCUUCUUCUUCUUCGAUUGGGACCAGCGCCGCAUCCAACCUCCACCUUCGAUCAAUCGGCAGCAGCGCCAACACCGGGAGACAAUUUCCCCCUCGACCCAGAAACUACGGCGACUCUGGCACGGCGGCGACACGCAACGAGAUCCGUAGCGGCAAGGCGACGACGUCCUCUGGCGAACGUGGUGACCCCCGGCCUUCUCCUCCGACAUGUGCAGCAGCGGCAACCACGGACCUUGGCGACGGUGGUCGUGCGUUGACUGUGGUCACAACAUAACGGUGAUAUGAUUUUUCUCGGUGAUUUCUGGCGACAACAUUCGGCGAUGACUCCCUGUUGUUUCCGACGAGUUGGAACGACGAUCCAGCCACCCCGACAGCAGCAGGUAACGUUCGGGCAGUGGGUGGUCCCUGCCGGCAACAAUUGAACCGGUGAGGGGAUUGACCACGAUGUUUUCCAGCGAGUUGACUCGGUCAAGGGCGACGGCGUUUCUAGAUCUGUCCCACGAGAGUUCCGGGCAGUAGCGGGCACCCGGGCAGCAAGACACAGGACCUAGACAGUGAUGUCAGGGCUUCGGUGGUCCUUGGAUGAUGGCAAGUACGACCGGACAAUGGCUUCGGGAUGACGACGGUCCUGUUCGAACAAAGUUUCUUUGAAUUGAAUCGAAUCCAAUCGAGCCAGGGAUUCCGGCGAGAACAAGCAGGCGACUCCGGCGAGAACAAAAAGCAAGGGACGAGAAACGAUUCCAGCGGAGGAGGACCUGAUUGACGACGAGUUUGCAACGAAGGUGGUGCCGAUUAACAAGUUGCAGACUUGCGGCUGUAGGCGAUAAAGAGACGCGGACAAUUUGUUGUAGCCUGAAGGCUCUGCGCUUGGUUCCGACAGAAAAAUGGUUCCGACAGAAAAAAGGUCACAGCUCUGGCUUCAUCCUCACGGGUUUGAUACUUCGAAUAAUUGGACUGGGCUUGAAACCUUGGAUAGUGGGGAUUAGUGGAUAGAAAUAUAUGAUAUAGCCCCAAAUCUGGAGGAAUUCCUUAUGCUCUUCAGUAUUGGGGGGUUCCCUUUCUACAGCAUAUACCCCCAUAACCACUUUCCCAUUUUCGAGAAGGUUGAGCUCAAGAUCGACAAAUGGUCAUUGAAAUAUUUCGCCAUUGAGUUUCCGGCUCACAGCCCCAUCGAUCUCCCGGGUGUCGCCCUCCGCCGUUCCAUCUUUCGGACGAAAUUCGCCACAGCAGACUUGGCGGAGGGAGUGUAUAACGCCUUGAAGGAGAAGGAGGGUUUAAUUUCCCACCACUCUCUUCAAGAUGCCCAACUGUACAAGAAGGCAGGUUUUUACUAUCCCCUGGGUCCUGACCCGAUUCCCUUUGAAGAGGUACCCUCUCCCGAGAGAUCGAAGGUCCCUUCUGCUGCAGGGUCUAUCCCGGCUGCAAGCCCUUCUGGAAGUCGGUCCCAAGGCGGUUCCACUACUAUGGUUGUGCGCGAUCCGGCCGCUGCCCUGGACGUUGUUCCUCUCUCCGCCAUCCCCGGGCUCAGGAGGCCCACUCCGUCCCAGAAACGGCCACGGGAAGGUGUCUCUGGUGAUGAUUUCCUUCCCAAAAAGAACAAGGGCGACGGUACUUCUGUUUCGCCUAGCCCCCUGUCCACUUCUUCCGGUACCCAGAAUACCACUCCUGCUGCUACAUCCGGGGUCUUGGAGUUAUCCCACCCGGAUAGACUUGAUUGUGAGGAGGAAGAGCUUAGGGACCAGUCCGCGCUCAGGAAACCCAUAACGCAGCCCCAGAUUGAGGUGCCCGGUUCCUCGCCACACGGCGCAAAUAGUCCCCAAGUAAUGGAGGAAGAAGGGAUGAGGCAGAAAGAACCAGAGUCCUCCCCUACGGCAGAGAGGGAGGUUGAAGUGCAGACAGGAACGAAAGUCUCCCACCCGGAGGAGGAUGAGGCUGGAGAGCAGAGGGAUGCUGAAGCUUCCCCAGAAGUGAGGGAAGAGACUGAGGCACAGCAGACUCAGGAGGAGCAGCGGGAGCCGGAAGAACGACAUCCCGCUACUGCCCCCCGACUGUCAAUCUCCCCAUUCGGCGCAAGUUCACGCCACAGACUUAUCCUAUUUUUGCAUAGAGUUGGGCAGACUUCUCCCAUGGCUCAGCAAUCACUCCUUACUUUGACUGAGGAGUACCUGGGUGGAGCAUCAGGGAACUUUCGUGCUGUUGUGCUCCUGAGGGAAAGGGAAAUGGCUGCCAGGGCCUUGCAACAGAAGGUUGACUCCCUGGAACAACAAGUCCAGAUCCUGCAAGGGGAGAGUGCUCGGCUCCAAGCAGAUGGCUCAACGGAGCUAGCAGCUGAGAGAUCUAAGGUCCAAUCCCUACAAGACCAGAUUGCUGAUUACCACAAGGAGACCCAAGAUCUGGAAGUGCAAUUUGAUAGAUUCCGGGCACAGAUUUCCAUCCUGGAAUCCAGGGUCUCGGCCUCAGAAGACCAGGUAGGAAGCCUGAAAGCAGAGUUGGCUGAAAGGGAGUCCAGGAUUUCUGCGCUGGAGGAUUCCCUCCAGGAUGCCAAGCGUGAGAGUUCCCGUUACAAUGAAUUUGCCCUGAAGCAAAUGGAGGCAAGACGGCUCGACCUCGAGAAGUUGAAGGGAGAGAGACAGGCUACAAGUGAACUCCGGUCAAAGGUGGAUGAACAAGAAGAUGAUUGCUGCUCAUCAAGAGGAGGUGGCCGCCCUGACUGCCCGUGCCGGAGCCCUCUACGAAGAGGGAUAAUUUGACAUGCAGCAAUGCAUCUAUGGGGCAGUCCAAAGUGGUCUCCCAGAGAACCGCACUUUGGAUGACUUCAUCUCCUACUAUGGGUUACCUCUUCCUCUUCCUCCCCCAGCUUCUCGUGCAGACCCGGGACCGUGACUUUAUCCUUCUCUGUUGACUGUUGUAUUUUGCCUCGGUAUUAUUUGGAUGAUAGUAAACUGAUAACACCUAA